UGGCGUAUGCAGAUUUAUAAACAUCCAUAAGGAAGGGUAGUUUUGUAAAUCGCGAUUAACUGGUUAGGGUUUAUGCUUUCCCCGUUUCCCGUCAGUAUAAAACCGCACUUCACCCUCUUCACCUCUUCAGAAGCAAGCUCUACCGGCGCCGGCAUCAUUCCACCUGCAGCAACAGGUUAGAAGUUCCCGAGGUUCAUAUCAGGAAGAAAAAUGUCAGGAGAGGAUGUUGCUGUUGCAGAGUCCCCAGCACCAGUCCCAGCUCUUGGGGAGCCUAUGGACAUCAUGACUGCUUUGCAGUUGGUUUUGAAAAAGUCACGGGCCCACAGUGGUCUUGCUCGAGGGCUCCAUGAAGCUGCUAAAGUUAUUGAGAAGCAUGCUGCUCAACUUUGUGUCUUGGCAGAGGAUUGUGACCAAACUGAUUAUGUCAAGCUGGUGAAGUCUCUGUGUGCAGAUCACAAUGUUAGCCUGAUUACUGUGCCGAGUGCUAAAACUCUUGGCGAGUGGGUUGGGCUGUGUAAGAUCGACUCUGAAGGGAAAGCAAGGAAGGUGGUUGGUUGCUCCUGUGUUGUUGUAAAGGAUUAUGGCGAACAAAGUGAGGGCCUUCAUAUUGUUCAGGAGUAUGUGAAAUCCCAUUAGAUGGCUUCAGGAUGUGGAUCCUUUGAUCGUUUUUUGUUUUAGAGUUUAUCAUGUUUAGUUAUUUUGGGGAGCGGGGAUUCCUGUUUAAACUAUUUCCAAGUCAUUGAGGAUGCUUUUGAGCCUUGGAAUGUUUGUUUUUGGUGGUUCAUCGUCUAGGGAAUAUGCUUCAUUUUCGCUGCAAAUCAUUACAUUUACGAAUGCGAAUUUAUAGUGAAAAUUUGCCAUUACUAAAGUUUUCAGUAGUUUGUACCAAAUGUGCUGCUCUACCUUUGUUCUAAAGGGAUGGGCUGGAAAUGAAGCGUUUGUACUUUAUAAUGUCAAUGCUUAUGAACAAAAAUUAUGACUGGCGUCUGUUUUGUUAUUCUGAAGACAUGAAUAAUGUCUACCUUUUUCAA